UAGUCUGUGUUGGACAGUCUUAUCAAGCGGCAGCGCAGACUUCACAGCCAGAACCGUUGACCUCUGGCCACAGCACACUAAACACAUCGUGUCGUUCGCUCGGGUAGGAUGCUAAGUCGCAGUGUUGUUGGUAACAUUCUAAUCUUCUUGCUAGGUUUGUGGUUAGCAAGGUUCUGCAAUGGACAGACAGCCAAGAGGAUCUCGGUGCAAAAGUGCGAGGAAUAUCGCAGGAUCAUCUCCUCGAAGCGUGGUGUGAUCUCGCUCACGCUGAACCCGAAACCGAUCUACUACCAAUCGUACAACUGCUCCAACGUGGUAGAGCUGAUCGUCGGUGGUGAAGCGGCCAAGCACGGUGAAUUCCCACAUCACGCUUUGCUAGGGUAUCCACGGGAGGAGGAUGGUCCAACAGUGCGGUACAGUUUCAGCUGUGGUGGAUCACUGAUUUCGGAUCGCUUCGUACUGACCGCUGCCCACUGCUUCAGUUACGGUAAUCCGGAGAUCGUUCGUUUGGGCGAGUACGAUCUCAAGGUAGAUUCAACGUCCAAGCUCGAUUUCGGUAUUGCCGAGAUCGUUCGACAUCCAAAGUAUCGAAACUCGCGCUCGUACCAUGAUAUUGCCCUGAUACGGCUUAACGAAACGGUGCUGUUCUCGAAGAUAAUACGUCCGGCAUGCUUGUGGACGGAUCCAUCGCUGAAUGUGAGCCGUUUUGUGGCUACGGGGUUCGGCAAGCUGGACGAAGGCAGCGUCGAGUUGUCGACUAUCAUGAUGAAGGUACAGCUGGAUCUGUUUCCCUCCAGCGACUGUGGUGAGCUGUUUCGUGAUAAUCGAAACUUUCGCGAAGGGAUCAACGAAGGUCAGCUGUGUGUGGGAAGUCUGAUCGGUGGUAAAGAUACGUGCCAGGGUGACUCCGGUGGACCGCUGCAGAUCAUUACGGAACCGAGAAGCUGUAUCUACAACAUUGUCGGUGUGACGUCCACCGGGGCUGCCUGUGGUGUGGGCAACUCGAAGGCGAUCUACACGAACGUGGCACACUAUUUGGACUGGAUCGAGCAAGUUGUUUGGGGGCAAAGACUUGCAGUCAAGAAGUGUAAUGAAUAUCGUAAAGUUAUCCGGACGACGCACAAAAUCAUACCCCUUCUCAUCGAUCCAACGGCACACGAAAUAAAUGUGUACAAUUGCACGCACGAGCUGAAGUUGAUUGUAGGCGGACAGCAGGCACGGUACGGCGAAUUCCCCCAUCAGGCACUGCUGGGCUACCCGAAGCAGAGCGACCCAUCCGACCAUGAGUUCCUGUGCGGUGGAACACUGAUCAGCGAGCAGCACGUCCUCACGGCAGCUCAUUGCUUUUCCGAUCGCGAUCCAACGGUCGUACGGCUCGGCGAGUAUGACACGACGUUCAAGACGUACGAAGAGCUCCAGCUCAAGAUCGAUCGUAUCCGGCGACAUCCAAAGUAUCCCCGUAGCCAACCGUACGACGAUAUAGCGAUCAUCCGGCUCGAACGACCAGUACUGCUGAGCAAACACAUCCGGCCAGCCUGUCUGUGGGAUUCGAAGCGGCGGCCAACGUCACAGUUCGUUGCGUCCGGGUUUGGGCGGGUUGAUUUCUUCGACAGGGAACUGUCCCCUACCCUGAUGAAGGUACAGCUGGAUGAAUUUCCGAAAGACGCUUGCUCGGGAUACUUUCGGCGGUUGCGCAAAGGAUUGGGGCCAGGUCAGCUGUGUGUCGGUAGUGUUACGCCGAAGAAGGACACCUGCCAAGGGGACUCCGGUGGUCCGUUGCAGCUGUUGACGAACAGUUCGACCUGCACGUAUCAUAUCGUUGGCAUUACAUCGCUUGGUGGGGCCUGUGCCUAUGCGAAGUCGUUCGGGAUCUAUACGGAAGUGGCACACUAUCUCGAUUGGAUCGAGGAUAAUGUGUGGGAAUGUCAGGAGUAUCGGAAGAUCGUUUCCUCUUUAAAGCCCAAGGUGACAGGUAGGACGAACGACUACAAAACACCUCCGAACGGAACGCCAGCAAAGGACGGCGAAUUCCCUCAUCAGGUGCGCGUCGGUCAAUGGUUCUACGAGGACGAAGACGAUACGGCCUUCAUUUUGCGGUGCAGUGGCGCACUGAUUAGUGAUCGCUACGUACUCGUAUCGGGCCACUGUUUCUGGACGAUGGGUGACAAAACGGUAUCGCUCGGACGCCACGAUUACACACGCAACUCAUCCCUUCCGGAGCUAUUGAUUGAAAGGGACGAUCUGGUUCUGCAUCCAUCCUUUGACGAGCUAACGAAGGCAUCGUACAACGACAUUGGUUUGCUUCGCCUUAACGAACCAGUCACCUUUACCUCGCACAUCUAUCCGGCCUGUCUGUGGACGGAGGACGACACGCAACUACCGCAAAAGUUUACAGUAACAGGGUUUACGACUGGCAAGUUGGUGAACGACACUCAGGAUACGCGUUUGGUUAAGGUACAGAUGAGCAGCGUUCCGAAUGAACGAUGUACACAGGAGUAUGCUGGUACCGACUACUACCCGCAGGGAGUCACUGACGCAUUGCUCUGCCUGGAGUCUCCCGUAGAAUGGAAAGCAUCGUGCGAAGGAGACGGUGGUGGCCUGGUGCAAACGCUCGAUGGCGAGCUGUAUAGGCUUAUCGGUCUCGAAGCCAAGGGUCACGAGUGUGAUGAGCUGCACCAGAAGUAUACCUACACCAAGGUACAGAAGCAGCUGGAUUGGAUCGAGCGCGUCGUUUGGGGAUCGAUUCGCAUUGAAGCUUCGUGCCUUGGUUGGGCGCAGUAUGGCAUUGGCUGCCGAAGUGUGACAUAUGACGGAUGCUGUACCGGUGAAGACUUCCUACAAUUGCUUGGCACGCUGCUGAUUUUGGUCUACAUUUCGGUGCAUAACACAGUUACUAGUGGCUCUAUAAUGCAGACCGCAUGUCUGAAGAAAAAGACGGCGCUACUGUUGACGACAGUGUUAUUGCUGGGCUGGUGUUGCUGCACUGCUCAAGGCGGAAUUGCAACUCAAAAAUGCAUAGAAUACCAAAACAUUGUCAUAAAUCGACAAACGCUGAUACCGCUUACGCUCCAGCCCAAGCCGAUCGAGUUCGAAGUGUAUAACUGCACGAACGUCAUCCAGCUGAUUGUCGGUGGUGAACAGGCAAAGCAUGGCGAGUUUCCACACCAUGCCUUGCUUGGCUUCCCGAAGGAGGAUAACCCGGAUAUAAUCGAGUUCAGUUGCGGCGGUACGCUCAUCAGCGAUCAGCACGUCCUGACGGCGGCCCAUUGCUUUGCAUAUGGUGAACCGAAGAUGGUUCGUCUCGGCGAGUACGACACUACCUUUGAAUCACCGGACGAGUAUGAGAGUGAAAUCGCCAGCAUUAGACGACAUCCCAACUAUUCGUUCACACGCUCGUACGAUGACAUUGCGCUGGUGAAGCUGAAGUACCCGAUCUUGCUGUCGAAACACAUCCGGCCGGCCUGUCUGUGGGAAACGGAGCAGCGUAAUGUAACGCGUUACGUUGCGACCGGAUUCGGGUACACCGAGGCUUACAACCCCGUACAGUCCACCGUGAUGAUGAAGGUACAGUUGGACGAGUUUCCGGUAGCUGAGUGUGCCCGAGCGUUCAAGGGCGAUCGGAAGUUCAAGAGUGGCAUCAAGGAUGGGCAGCUGUGUAUUGGAAGCAUCGUCGAGGGCCGUGACACGUGCCAGGGUGAUUCGGGUGGCCCGUUACAGGUGGUGACCAAUUCGAAAAGCUGUUCGUACGCCGUGGUUGGCAUCACGUCUACGGGCGGUAUCUGUGCUGUGGGUAAUUCGAAGGCAGUGUACACAAAGGUGUCGCAUUAUAUCGACUGGAUAGAGGACAAUGUGUGGGGUGCUAAUAAGAUGCCCAAGCCGAUCGAGUUCGAAGUGUAUAACUGCACGAACGUUAUCCAGCUGAUUGUCGGUGGUGAAGAGGCGAAGCAUGGCGAGUUUCCCCAUCACGCCUUGCUUGGCUUCCCGAAGGAGGACAACCCGGAUAAACUCGAGUUCAGUUGCGGCGGUACGCUCAUCAGCGAUCAGCACGUCCUGACGGCGGCCCAUUGCUUCGAGAGGGUGACACCGACGGUGGUUCGUCUCGGCGAGUAUAACACCGAAGUUGAAAAACCGGACGAGUAUGAGAGUGACAUCGACAGUGUCCGGAAACAUCCGAACUAUAGAUUCUCGCGCUCGUACGAUGACAUUGCGCUGGUGAAGCUGAAGUACCCGAUUUUGCUGUCGAAACACAUCCGACCGGCUUGCUUGUGGGAAACGGAGCAGCGUAAUGUAACGAGCUACAUUGCGACCGGAUUCGGACAUACCGAGGCUUACAACCCCGUACAGUCCACGGUGAUGCUGAAGGUACAGUUGGAGGAGUUUCCGGUCGGUGAUUGUUCCCAGGCUUUCCAUGGUGUUCGAAAGUUCAAGAGUGGCAUCAAGGAUGGGCAGCUGUGUAUUGGAAGUAGGGUGAAGGGACGGGACACGUGCCAGGGUGACUCGGGUGGCCCGAUACAGGUGGUGACCAAUUCGAAAAGCUGUACGUACGCCGUGGUUGCUAUCACGUCGACGGGUGGUAUCUGUGGCGUAGGGAAAGCCGUGUACACGAAGGUGUCGCAUUAUAUCGACUGGAUCGAGGACAAUGUGUGGGGUGCUAAUGCGAUGCUCCCCACAUUAACUAGCACUCUGACGAUCUCGAUCCACAUUUCGACGUUUUUUCAAGUGUUUCGAAAUUGUUACCAAAGAAAACCCUUUUCCACUUGGAGAAUGGAAACGUUAUCGUGGGUGAUGGUGUUAGGGGUGGGCUUAUGUAGCUGUAUCGCUCAAGGGCGACUUGCCACGGAAAAGUGUGAAGAAUAUCGGAAAAUGGUCACGACUCGAAAGACCCUGACACCACUCGGGCUCGAAACAAAGCCGAUCGAGCUGGAUGUGUUUAGUUGCCCCAAUGUUGCUGAUGGUGCAGAGGCAACGUAUGGCCAGUUUCCCCAUCACGCCUUGCUAGGCUUCCCGAAGGAGGACAACCCGGAUAAACUCGAGUUCAGUUGUGGCGGUACGCUCAUCAGCGAUCAGCACGUCCUGGCGGCGGCCCAAUGCUUUGCAUAUGGUGACCCGACGGUGGUUCGUCUCGGCGAGUAUAACACCGAAGUUGAAACACCGGACGAGUACGAGAGUGACAUCGACAGUGUCCGGAAACAUCCGAACUAUAGAUUCUCGCGCUCGUACGAUGACAUUGCGCUGGUGAAGCUGAAGUAUCCGAUCGUGCUGUCGAGCCACAUCCGGCCGGCCUGUCUGUGGGAAACGGAGGAACGUAACGUUACGCGAUACAUUGAAAGUAUUUACAUGAUUACUGGAUCAAACCCUGGCCAAAGGCUUCCCGUGAUGAUGAAGGUACAGUUGGACGAGUUGCCGGUUAGUGUUUGUGAGAAGGCUUUCAAUGGAAGUAGGAAGCUCAAGGAUGGUUUUAACGAUGGACAGCUGUGUAUUGGAAGUAUGGUCGAGGAUGAUGAUAAUUGUCGAACCUCUUUUAACUCGGGUGGCUUGGUGCAGGUUAUAGGAAACUGUUCGUUCGCUGUCGUUGGCAUAGCAUCGUUUAUUGGUUUUUGUGAAUGGAUGCAAGGCUUUACCAAGGUGUCGCAUUACAUCGACUGGAUAGAGGAUAAUGUGUGGGGUGCUAAUGCAAUGUGAGUGAGACGAGAAUUG